CCUAAUCACUCUGCUAUUUCCUUCUACGCUGGAAUUCAGAAGUAGCUGGAGAAAACUUCAGUCGGCACUACUAGUAUAUCAUCAAUUCCCAGGCAUUUAUCUGUAUGACUAUUAUGCCCCUCUGCAGCAUCAAUUACAUCCCUCAAGUAUCUCCAUAAGUCCAUAAAUAUUACCAAGAACGAGGGUCUUCUUGGGAAUGGUCUAAUUUUUUGACCAGCCGUUCCUCUUGACCAAAUUCCCGAAUCUCGCACUCCCCAAUAACAAUUCCGGGGACAAAUAGAAAAAUACUACCACUAUUAACGACUAAAGAAGAAAGAGACUUCGCCGCCCAAAAUGAUUACUAUAUUCAUCAUAAUUCCAAUUCCAUCUCUCCUGCUGAAGACCAUGCACUCGCUAUUCCCUUCCCUUCCCUUCUUCCACCCCAAAUUCUGAAAUCUCCCUCUGUUUCCGCUUCCGCUAUCCCAUCCAAUUCCAUCCAUCUUUUCCCUAAAAAGUAUGAUUCCGUACCAAAGCGCCCUCCUCCCCUUCCUAUUUUUAGCAGCCUUCUCCUCGAUCCUCGCCGAAGGAUGUAACCGGACUUGCGGCGGGUCCAGCGUCCCCUAUCCGUUCGGCUUCUCCUCCGGAUGCCCUAUCCGCCUCAACUGCAACGGCACAGCCGCUAUCCUGCGCGGCGGAUAUCCCGUCGUGAACAUCACAUCCGAGACUAUCCUCCUCGGCAUCCCGGCGAACUGCACCCGCCCGUUCGAGGCCGCCCUAGACCUCUUCGGGGGCAACUACGCGAUGACGCCGCGGAACUCGUUGUUCCUGCGGAAGUGCAGCUCCCCUUCCCCGGCAUGCGUCAUCUCCACUGAAAUCAUCUCCGAGGGCUUACAUCUCGAGAGAUGCGGGCUCAAGGGAGAUAACAUAAGCUGCUACUCCGAUCAUACGGAGGAUAGGUAUCUAUCCAGAGAAAAGACUGCCGAGAUUAAGUGUAGAUUGCUGUUUACCUCGCUGAGAUACAGCGGGAAUAGCACGUCCCAGGCGGAGCUGGUGUUCGGUGAGGCGGAGCUCGGGUGGUGGAUGAAUGGCGACUGCCGGUGCUCCGCAAAUGCGACGUGCGCGCCUGUGAAUACUUCGGUGGCCGGGAAGAUGGGGUACAGGUGCACGUGUGACCCGGGAUUCGCCGGGGACGGGUUCGCCGCCGGCGACGGUUGCAGAGUUCAGGUUUCUUCAUGCAGUGCUUCAAAAUACAUAUCAGGCAGAUGCGCCAGAUCAGGUUUGCUCGUUGCAGGGAUCAUCGCCGGAGCGCUUCUAAUGGCUGGCCUUGCUUUCCUCUGCCACCUCUUCCACCGUCGUAGGACCGCCUCCAAAAGCCAAGAAACCAUCGAACGCCUACUAUCGGAAGCAUCCUGCACCAUUCCCGUCUACUCCUACAGAGACAUCGAGCAAGCAACAGAUCACUUCUCCGACGCUAACAGGCGUGGCACGGGUGCCUAUGGAACGGUGUACGUCGGGAAACUCCCCGGCAACACCGGGGUGGUCGCCGUCAAAAGGAUUCAGCGCCGCGACACCGAUAGCCUGGAGCAAAUCACAAACGAAAUCAAGCUCAUCUCCUCCGUCAGCCACCCCAACUUGGUCCGCCUUCUAGGCUGCUGCAUGGACAGAGGCGAGCAGAUCCUCCUCUACGAGUUCAUGCCCAAUGGCACGCUCUCGCAGCACCUCCAUGGCGAGCGAGGCGAAGGUCUUUCCUGGACGUCCCGCCUCUCCAUUGCAGCUGAGACGGCCAACGCCAUUGCCUACCUCCACUCCGCCGUCCACCCCCCGAUAUACCACCGAGACAUCAAGUCGAGCAACAUUCUGAUAGACCACAACUUCGGCGCAAAGGUGGCGGACUUCGGUCUCUCCAGGAUCGGCAUGACGGAGUCGUCCCACAUCUCGACGGCGCCGCAGGGCACGCCGGGCUAUCUCGACCCGCAGUAUCACCAGGAUUUCCAUUUGUCGGACAAGAGCGACGUCUAUAGCUUCGGAGUCGUGCUUGCGGAAAUGAUAACGGGGAUGAAGGCGGUGGAUUUUGGCCGAGCGCCGACCGAGGUGAACCUCGCGGCGCUCGCCGUGGAUAGGAUAGGGAAGGGGAGGAUGGAGGAGAUUAUAGACCCCUUCAUAAAGGUUAAUGUAGAUGAAUGGACCCUGGUUUCGAUUCGAAAGGUGGCGGAAUUGGCGUUCAGGUGCCUGGCGUUUCACAAGGACUUGAGGCCAUCUAUGAAGGAGGUGGCGGAGGAGUUGGAAAUGUUAAGGGAUGGGGAGUUGGAUGGAGGUGUCGAGAUGGCACAAGAAGGGAAGAGCAGGAGGUUGGUUUUGAUGAGUGCUACGAAGGUGGACUCCCCUGUUUCGGUGCAGGAUGCGUGGCUCAGCGAGCAGAGUUCUUCUUCAACUAAUGUCUCCAUGAGCAGCGUAAAUCGUUGAACGCAGUUUUCUGUAGGAGUUCUUCUUCUCUUGACCCUAAGGUCGAAGCUUGUUAGGUUUCUUAUUCAAGUGUGAAAUACUCUGCAAUAUUAUUCUCUCUCUCUCUUUGGGAUUUAGAUAACUUUGAUGUGCAUGCCAUUGACCACUAAUAGGUGGUAA